GCUUCAUCUGUGCUGAAGGAGUCAACCUGCAUAGCGCACUAGCUCGCUCAAAUCCACACUAUGGUCUCAGUGGUAGCGUUCCCCAACGCGGUUGUAUCCGUCGUGAAACCCCCGACCUUACUCGUCUUGCUCCCUGCUAGCCAGUCACAGUGGUGCGAGCAGUUCUCUCAGGAAGGGUACAACGUCCUGCACAUCGAUUACCCGGUCCCUGCCGGCACCUCCUUUCGCGAUGCAUUGAAGGACGCUGAAACUCAUAUAAUCCAGCUUGGAGCGCCCUGGGGUCUAGUGACUUACGGGCUUGACAACAAAGACGCUGAAACAAUAGUCUCCCGCAUGGGGCUUUCAAUUGCCGAUCUUAAGGCAAACGUUCAUUUCUGCCCAUCGGCAGAAUCGACUCGCGGAUUUCUACUGAAAGAUAGUCAUGGAAGAUAUGUUCCUGUUACUUUUCAUCUGGCAGCUUCUCAAGAGUCCCUGCAUGCCUUGAUCUUACCUCACGAAGAUCCAAGUAGCUUCGAUUAUGAAUUGCCUACUCAUUCGCAUCCACCGGUCAAGGCAUACACAUACCCCUUGAUGGCAGCUUCGCCACCAUUCCCUUUUGGCUUAUCAGCGCCCACUGCCACAGCUAAGGAUACAGUCACACCGACUAACUCGUAUUUGCGAUCUGCUUGCAGUCUGUCCCAUUCUAGGACUCUUGAACUUCUGAGACGAUACUUGGGCCCUCAUUUCAACUUCGAGAAACUAUGGGAGGCACAUACGUACUUUGAAUUCUCAGAAAGAAACGCACAGAAAACAAUGGCCACCAUGGUUGGCAACCCCUAUGUCAAUCACAUACCCACUAUGACCGGGGGGGUUGGCUAUGACGACUUGGCGAGGUUCUAUAAAUACCAUUUCACAAAGGUUACUCCUGCGGACGCCGAGAUGAUCCCGAUAUCAAGAACAGUGGGGUCUGACCGCAUCAUCGACGAGAUGGUGUUUAAGUUCCACCACACCGAGGAAAUCGACUAUUUCCUUCCUGGAAUUCCCCCGACUGGGAAAUACGUUGAGAUAGCGCUGGUGGGCGUGAUUGCAUUCCGUGGCGAUAAACUAUUCUUUGAGCACAUAUACUGGGAUCAAGCAAGCCUUCUUGUUCAAGUCGGGCUACUUGAUCCAACCAAACUACCAGUGGCUGGAGUGGAGGUUGCCCGCAAAGCGAUAGAUCCGUUUGGUAUGCCAAGUAACACACUUCUCGGCCGAUGGCAUGAAAGCGAGGGGCAGCCUAUUGAGUGACGGAUGAGAUAUCGACAACACAAUGUGACGUAUGUCUCAAAUCCUAUACAGCCUGUAUCAUUGUCGCAGCAGAUAGGAGCGAAGAUGUAACACAUACCG